GCCACCAGAAGCUGCCGUUCGCAUUAGCUUGCUAUUGGCUCUGCACUGUUGAUGUCUGUCCAGGUACAGAUCCCGCCCUACAGCUGGCAGGUUUUGACAGGGAGGUUUUGGCAUGUGAAUCAUCAGAUUAUUAAUAGGAAACUUGAAAGAGGGAGGAGAAAGGAAGAGUCUCUUUUGGCUUAUACUCACCGAAAGUUUCACUGCAACCAUCAGCCCUUCAGUAUUCACAAGAGGCAUGAGCUCAGCACCUGUUAGAAGACCAGUGCAGUGUGAUAUCUGCAAGUGGGUUUGCAUUCCAGCACAAAGCUGACAGUACCUGUUUCCACAGCAAGUAGCUUGCACUGUCACAUCUGAAGACUAAGGACUGAAGACACAGUGUGUGUGUGCGUGUGUGUGUGUGUGUGUGAAAGUGAUGAAAGUGAUGAAAAUGGACAUGGAAGAUGUGGAUAUGACCAAGUGGACGGAGGCCGAGUUCGAAGAGAACUGCACGUACAUUGUAAAUGACCAGACCUGGGACCCCACCACUGAUGACUGUCUGAGCCAUGCUCAAGCUACCCUACCACGGAAUCUGAAGUUCAAGUAUGCACAUGGCUCUAGCGAGGUGAUCGGAGUUUUGAGUGCGGAAUACAUCCCAAAAGGGACACGAUUUGGGCCACUUGUGGGUGAAGUCUAUACCAAUGAAACAGUCCCAAAGAAUGCAAACAGAAAAUACUUUUGGAGGGUGUACUCAAAUGGUGACUUGCAUCACUUUGUCGAUGGCUUUGAUGAGAGCAAAAGUAACUGGAUGCGUUACGUGAAUCCGACCCGUUCAAAGCAAGAGCAAUGCCUAGCAGCCUGUCAAAAUGGGAUGGACAUCUACUUCUACACAGUGAAGCCCAUCCUGGCUAAUGAAGAGCUACUGGUGUGGUACAGCAGCGAGUUUGCAGAACGACUACACUACCCGGGGUCCGAUGAUCUGAUGAUGAUUAAGCUAAAGUGCAUCAACCUACCUAAGAUCGAGGAACUGCAGGGGAAAUGGCAGCACGGCCCAGGAGACCGACACAACAAACAAAGGGGACAAGGAUACGUAACUGAAGAGAACGGCAUUACAAAACCAGGCAACGGGACACACAGAAUCCUCGAUAGUGAGGAAAAUACCGUGAAGGAGGAGCACAGGUUAACGACAGCCCAACCAUUGAUCGCUCCAGGAAAUGAAAUGGAGGACAUCAGCAAAAAGCACAGUCCGGAACGAACCUUCUUCCCGCGUGUUCUAUACCCCGUUAGGCCUCACGUUCCGGAAGAAUACGUGAAGCCCAAUUCAGCCUACGGGAUCGAGACGGACAGUUACAUCAAGCACUCUCCCCUGCAGUCUUCCGUCAUCUCCAGUCCUUCAUCGCGAAGCAGCCCAGACCAGAGUUUGAAAAGCUUAACACCACACAGCAGCCCAGAAUCCCACAUCUCCCCCUUAAUACCUUCAACAGAGGAACACAAGCAAGCUUUUUCAUAUCUGACUGGGCCGUACAACCGGGAAGGGUUGGGCUCCCUCCCGGCCUACCCCCCGCCUGGACACCUGCCUUUCAUCCACCCCUACAACCCUGUCAGUAGCCAGUACUCCCGAUUCAUGUUACCUCAUUACCAAGUGGGUUGCAACGGGCUGAAUACCUUCGCUGGCCUUGGGGGCAUAAACAGCAUGAGCAACUUCAGCCUCUUACCCAGAGUGUACCCGUUAUACAGCAGUCUCCUGGGAAACGGUGGCCUCUCCCAGCACCUCUUCAACCAGUCGGUUUUGCCCAAUCCACUGCCUCAUGAAGCAGGCCGAAGGGUGCUUCUCCCAGAACGGCCAAAAGACUUCCUCAUCCCUGCGCGGAAUAGUGCCUUUUCCAUCGCAGGCUCCGCUGCCAGUCUUAAGGAUAGGCCCACCAGCCCGGGCAGCAGCUCCCCGACAGCAGGGACAGCUGCAUCCCACUCAGAACACCUAAUGCAACCCAAACCUACCUCAGCUGGCCUGGUCAGCAGCAGUAGCAGUGAAGAAGCCAUGAAUCUCAUCAAACCAAAGCGAAACCUCACCGGUUACAAAACACUUCCAUAUCCUCUAAAGAAGCAGAAUGGGAAGAUAAAGUACGAGUGCAAUGUCUGCUACAAGACCUUUGGACAGCUAUCAAACCUUAAGGUCCACCUGAGAGUACACAGUGGGGAACGGCCUUUUAAGUGUCAAACCUGCAAUAAAGGCUUCACUCAGCUGGCACACCUUCAGAAGCACUAUCUGGUUCACACUGGGGAAAAGCCACAUGAAUGUCAGGUUUGCCACAAACGAUUCAGCAGCACAAGCAACCUGAAGACUCACCUCCGCCUACAUUCGGGCGAGAAACCUUACCAGUGCAAGCUGUGCCCGGCCAAGUUCACCCAGUUUGUCCACCUGAAGCUGCACAAGCGCCUUCACACCAGGGAGCGCCCCCACAAAUGCCUCCAGUGCCACAAGACCUACAUCCACCACUGCAGCCUGAAGGCUCACCUCAAAGGAAACUGCCCCGUUGCCCCAGGCGCUGGCCGGUCCUUGGAGGAUCUGCAUCACUUCAACGAGGAAAUCAACAAGUUUGACAUUAGUGACAGUGCAGACAAACUGGACGACAUGGGACACAGCGAGGAGGUGGAGUCCAUCGUCGAGAAGCAGAUCUUCAGCAGGCUAAGGAGGGAGGUGGAAGAGGCCAGUUUAAAGACCACGUUCGAAAGGAACCUGGGAAACAACCUCCUCUCCUCCGGGUGUAACAUGUACGAGAGCCUGGACCUACCAAUCCCGAAAAUGACUCACGGUAGCCCAUUACCUCUUGUGCCCAUCAAAGUCAAGCAAGAAACCAUUGAACCCAUUGAUCCUUGAGAUCAGACAGAAGUGACACUUUUAUGAUUUGGGGAGCAAAGCUGCCUAGAGCACCCAAAUGUACAUAGAUCUGUGAGACGCUGCAGGACAGACUGACUGAUUCUUAUCAUAGCUGCCCCCAUGUGGCAGGGCAUCUCAACAUACAUCUCAGGGCAUCUUUAGUAAAAUAUUAUGACUAUAGCAAGCCUUUCAGCAAAGCUUAAAGACAAUCAUUUUAAGCAGAAUUAUUUUUGCAAAAAUAGUCAAUAAUUUAUUAUGCAAUUGACUUUGUUAAGCAAUACCUGAAAAUGAUGUUUACAAUGACCCAAGUUAAUCAUUGUAAUCAAAUAUGGAAAUGCUUUAUUUUUAUUUUCUCUGAUGCCAUUCUUUGUAGAUACUUUAAGCUGUGUUUUGAAUUUAAGGAAAAAAUUAAUGGGAUCUUAAUACGAAAGCAGUUUAAACAUUUAAAUUGGAAUAUCUGAAAAUAGUUUUGUAAAAUACUGUUGCAAUAUGGUAUAUUGCCAAAGCAGGAAGUUUUUUUAAAAAGUUGUUUAAUCAUCAUAAUCUUUUUUUCUCAUUUCCCAUCAUGCCUUUUCACUCCCUUCUUCAAUUCUUUCUCCCUUCUCUCCUCUACACUUUGUCAUUUAUCCCUACACGAUUCUCCCUCCCUCCCUCCCCCUAAAUCGUGGAUGAGAUUGCAAAGCUGAACAACAGCUACCUCAUUGUUUGUCCAGUGAUGCAGGGAGCAUAAAGAAACAAAACUGGAUAGAUUUAUUAUUUCUUGUUUACUGGUAAUGUAGCAGUAAUAUUUGUGUAUUUUUAAUAUAAAGAGUCAAAAAUCCUCUAAGUUAUGAAUUAUGAGUAAAAAUCAAAAGUUUUUAUCAGCAGGAGGUUUUGAGCCCAGAGUCCCUGCAGCUGUGACCAUUUAGUUUGGGUGCAGUUUAAGGAGCUGGACUUGAAUUGUUUUUUUUUUGUUGACUGGUUUAAUACAAACCGAAGCAUCACUACUCUACCACUGGAUACACUUUAUUCCUGUUUAACUGUAAUGCUUCUGUGUUGUUUUUUUUUGGUUUUGGUUCUUUGUGCACCGGCUGCAUGGCACUCCAGUCAACUGAAGUCGACUGCGGGCUCCGUUCAAGUGAAUGUAGCAGAAACCUGUCUGGAAAGUUUGUUAACAGUGGGAUUGAUUUGAUUUUGUUUUGUUUUUUUUUAAAAUAUUAAUUUAAAUUUCCCCCUUGACCUAAGCAACCAGGUAUUUUGGAGCCUUUGGGCUUUUGCUUAUUUCUAGUUUACAUUCUGGUUUACAAUGUUAUUUAUGCACAAUAUGUCAAAGUGUAAAU